AUGAGCGGCGCAACGGCGGGCACUAAUUUGUACUCAUUGUCCCCAAGUAUGCAGCGCGUCCGCUUUCUCUUGUUGCGCACCUUUCAGGAGGCGGGACCAACCAGCUGCUCCUAUUGGUCAGAAAGAGAGAAGCUUAGUUCUCCUCUCUCUCGCGAGGGAGGGGGGUGGACUGAGGGCGGGGGAAUAAUCAACGAGAUAAACUGGAAGGAAUUCAACUUCUUCCGAAUCUGACGGGCUACGGAAGCUCAGGAGGCACAACGACUACCAUUUUACAGCGCCUUGUUAUGGAUAGUCUCCCCUCCCCACGUCUUCAAGCUGCGGCAUCGGAAUUUAAAUACCGAGGGGGCAGGACAGCUCGAGUGUCAGUUGCCUGAACUGCUAUGGCGGCGUGUCCCUUAUGAGGGGGACAGAGCAAAGAGGGGCACAGCACCGUGGUGUAGCCUGCUUCCCCAAACGUAAAGUUUGAUGUAGCAAUUGAGCGCCUCUCAGUGAAAAACAUCAGUGUACGAUCGAGCACAUAAACGGUUUCUUCUAAAUAGAAAGAAAGAUCAGGUCAGAUUUCUCUCUCACCCACACACAAAAUAAUAAUGAUUUGACAGCCCGCCAAUGCAACUGGUGGAGCCAGUGCAACCACCUGCAUCGUAUCAAACUGGACCUAACUGACAUACACUAACAGGGGAUGUGAAGGCAGGGCUAAAGUUGCUGAAAAGGUGGUAAAAACAGAGCUAUGCAAACCAAUGCCCAAAGCUAUGCAAACCAGCGUGGAAGCCGGUGCUUCUUCACUGAUGAGGUUCAGAAUACCAAACACCUUGAAUAUAGACAACGCUUGGGCAGUUUCUUCCAUGAAGGAUGGUAUCAGAGGUUAGGUAAAAGUCCUCUUCCCACCAUCCCAUUACACUUUUAAGUUAUGGUUGCUGCAAUGCAGUAUUCUUUUCUAGAAGAGAAUCCAUUUGCAGAGAGAUUCUGGUUUGAACAGGAUUCAAAUGGAAAGUGAGUUGCCUGAAGCGGUGAGCGGCAAGCUGCAAUAUCACAGUUGUUUCUCACCUCAGCCAUGAAUUCACUCCUUGGCUCUUGCUUCACCUCAGAGCUACAGUUGUAAUAUAUGAAUAUCAGCCUAUCUUGCAAGAUUACCACAUUAUUGAAACCAAGUGUUUUGAACACUUAUCAACUUUGAUAAUGUAUAGCUAUAUAUAUUACACCAUGUCUGAUUAUUCUGAAUUAGAACAAACACCUAGUCAAUCAGUACUGUACUUUAUCUUGAACAUAAGCCCUUGGCAAAGUGUCUGCCUUUUAAUUUUCAGAUAAAUAUGAAGAACAGAAAGAUGGUCUCUUCUAACUCUAUGAUUCUAACCCAUAAAUAUUUGAUAAUUAAAAGUAAUAUUUGCAUAACAGCUGGAUUUCCAAUUGCUAAUAAACAUCUAAAGCUAAAAUGCUAUGGACUUAGCUACACCAGAGAGGGUUCCUUUUUGCCACCAUAUUUGAAAAUGCUUGGUGCUUCAUAGCUAGUAUUGGAACCAUUUCAGCUUCUUGGAUUAGACAUUCAAAAUAUAGUUACUAGGUUUCCUUCAUAAACUCAAAAAUUGGACACCAGAAGGUCAGAAUAGAGGAACUGACAAAAAAUUAAACUACAAAGUGGAUAACUGCUUGAUGACACAAUUUGAUUUUUGAAUGUUGCCACAGGCAAAAAUAGUUAUUCUGCUUACUUGUUAUUAAAAAAGGACAAAUUGAAUAGAUAGAUUUUUACCAAUGUCUCAUUCGUUCCAGCUUGCACAUACAGAAUAAUGCUGAGGGCAAGAAUAAAACAUCUACCACAUGAUGCUAAUACUCAUAGCAAAGGCACUUUUGCAGGCACUAUUAAGCAGCCCUGGGUAAGUAACACACUCUAGAUCAUGACUUUCUAAGAAUCCAUUAGUUGGCAUGGCAUGAUUUGAGCUGUUGGAUGCCCUGCUUAUGAUCCUAAACUUCUGAGUAUGCUCUAGGCUUGAGCCAUAGUAUGAAGCAAUCUCUGAUACUGGUAUUUUGUUUCUAAACAAAAUCCUGAUUUACUUACAUUAUCAGUCUACUGGUGGCUUUCUCUAAGGGCAGAUUUCCUGACUUUAAUCCUUUCGGCCUAGACUCUGAUAAUUGUUUUACAUUACUAGAUUGGCACCACUGCUGGAACACAAUUCUAAUCAUACAUGCUAGCACCUUUGCCUUGUAUUUUAGUAGGCUGUGCCAAUUUCAACUCUUUUCUACAAAACCCAACUUCAUCCUCUUCGGUACAGCCAAGUAUCAACAGUGAACUAACAAAUUCAUGCAUAGCCUUAAAUUGUUUGAAACUAUUUCAUUCACUCAACCCUUCUAUUGUCCUUGGUGUGCUGAAGAAAAUAGUAAUUCCUAAAGCUUUAAAAACAAAUUGGCCUAUGUUUAAGCUGUUGCAAGAUCUCCUGCCUCAUGGCUCCAUUAGUAUGAAUAUGUUUUUGUUUCAUCUUUCUCCUGCAGGGUCUCAGAGCUGCUGCAAAUGCCAUAAUGGCCUGA